AUGACUUCAUCUCUCCCCCUCCUCCUUCCCUCUCUCCUCAACCCUCAACCAGCUUCCAAACCUCACCUUCACCGAUGUAGCUCCUCAACACCUCGCCCAACUCGCAAUGCCGCCUCAAUCCAUAAACCCCGUCCUCCGCCACCGAGUUAUCGCAAUCUACAAAGGUUUUUUCUCCUUCCCACUUCCGUGCACGUGCCCCGCCAACCUCGGGCUGACGAACGCAUAGAGCUCCUCUUCCUCGGCCGGGACUACCCCCUCGGCCUCGAUUACUUCCGCCGACGUCUCCAUAAGGCGUUCAUAGUGAACGCUGGCGUGCGCGACGAGGGCGAUAUCGAGAAGUGUAUAGCGCGGGCCGAGUUUGUGAAGAAAGAAAUCGAGGCUCUAUACACCCUCAAACGCUACCGCACCCUCAGACAUCGAUACGACCCGUUCGAUUGA